CGUUGUGGAACCAUGGGCAUUCAGUCAGCUGAUUGCCUACUUCAAACCAGGGCAAAUCACCGUUACAAGAAAUGAUGCUUAUGGCUACGCAUCCAUAGUGCUCUCUCUUCAUCUGUUCAAGACAUUCUACAGCCACAACUACUCCCUCUGGAUAUCGCAACUAGGGAUAGAGAUCAAAACAGCACUCUCCUCGCUACUUUACAGGAAAGCUUUGAAAUUGACACCGUCAGCCAUCUCCGAAAUAAGUCUAGGAAACAUCGUGACCCUCAUCACGAAAGAUAUAAGUACUUUUCAGAGGUCUAUAUGGAUUAUAAACGAGUUGUGGAUUGGUCUGAUACAGACGAUGAUCGUCUGUUACUUGCUGUACAAUAAAAUUGGAUAUGUUUCUUUCACUGGCGUUGGAAUACUUUUGGGUAUAGUGCCCUUAACGUGUGAGUAUAUAUGA